CUUAUCAAUAUUAUCAAUCUUAUAACAAGUUCAGUUACACAGAGUUUUUGAAUGCAUAAGUAUAUUGUGUUUCUACGUUGUACAGAAUGAUCGGUUUUGUUAUACUAGUAUUUCUUGAAAUACAAUGUGUUCUGCUUAAGCAUGGAAGUACAGCGACAACAUUCAAAGCUACAACGUCUGCACCGACAACAGCGUCCUACAUAUCAGUAGCAGAAGCGGUAACACAAGACACAACGUCUUCACCACCAACUGCGUUCAACACAACAACCACAAAAGCGGAAAAUCCAGGGAUAACCACUCCUGCAACUACAACAACAACCAACAUAACAACAACAGAAUCGGAAACAUAUGGGACAAACACGUUUUCUCCGACAACAGCAACCAAUACAUUAACUACACAAAUAAAAGCAUCAUCUGCAUCAAACACUUCGGCUGUUUCAACAAAACCGUCUGAUCGAUUAACAACUUCCACGACAACAUCAAUAUCUGCAACAGCAACUACACCUGCACCGACAUUUUCACCGACACCAACAACUACACCUGUACCGACAUCUUCACCUGAACCAACAACUACACCGGUACCGCCAUAUUCACCUGAACCAACAACUACAGCUGCAUCAACAUCUCCACCUGAACAAACAACUACACCUGAUCCAACAACUACACCUGCACCGACAUCUUCACCUCAACGAAUAACUGAUCCUGUACCGGCAUCUUCACCUGAACAAACAACUGAUCCUGUACCGACAUCUUCACCUGAUUCAACAACUGAUCCUGCACCGACAUCUUCACCUGAACCAACAACUGAUCCUGUACCGACAUCUUCACCUGAACCAACAACUGAUCCUGUAUCGACAUCACCAUCUGAACCAACAGCUGAUCCUCUACCGACAUCUUCACCUGAACAAACAACUGAUCAUCUACCGACAUAUUCACCUGAACCAACAACUGAUCCUGUACCGACGUCUUCACCUGAACCAACAACAGGUCCUAUACCGUCCUCUUCACCUGAACCAACAACUGAUCUCCUACCGACAUCUUCUACAACUGAGCAUGUACCGGCAUCUUCACCUGAAUUAACAACUGAACCUGCAACGACAUCUUCACCUGAACCAACAACUGAUCAUGUACCGACAUCUUCACCUGAACCAACUACUGAUCCAGCACCUACAUCUUCACCUGAACCAAUAACUGAUCCUGUAUCGAUAUCUUCACAUGAACAUAAAACAAAUCCCGCACCGACAUCUUCACCUGAACAAACAACUACACAUGUAACGCCAUAUUCACCUGAACCAGCAACUACAGUUGUAACGACAUCUUCACCUGAACCAACAACUAUACCUUCACCGCCAUAUUCACCUAAACCAACAACUACAUCUUCACCGCCAUAUUCACCUGAACCAACAACUACAUCUGCACCGCCAUAUUCACCUAAACCAACAACUACGUCUGCACCGCAAUUUACAACUGAACCAACAACUACACCUGCAUCUGUAUCUUCUCCUGAACUAAUAACUACACCUGCACCGCCAUAUUCACCUGAACCAACAACUACACUUGCAACGCCAUAUUCACCUGAAUCAACAACUAUACUUGCACCGCAAUAUUCACCUGAACCAAUAACUACACCUGAACCGCCAUAUUCACCUGAACAAACAACUACACCUGCACCGCGAUAUUCACCUGAACCAACAACUACACCUGAACCACAAUAUUCACCUGAACCAAAAACUACAACUGCACAGACAUAUUCACUUGAACCAACAGCUACACCUGAACCGCCAUAUUCACCUGAACCAAACACUACACCUGCACCGCCAUAUUCACUUGAACCAACAGCUACACCUGCUUCGCCUUGUUCAACUGAAUCAACAACUACACCUGAACCUCCAUAUUCACCUGAACCAACAACUACAUCUGUACCGACAUCUUCAUCUGAACCAACAACUACAUCUAUACCGACAUCUCCAACUGAACCAACAACUACACCUGCAUUUGUAUCUUCUCCUGAACCAACAACUACACAUGUGCCGACUUCUUCACCUCAACCAACAAUUACUUCAACGUUAGACGCAACAACAUUUUCCACUACAGAUUGUGUUUCACCACCCGGAAUUCCUAAUGGAACUUACACAGCUUUGAGCGCAGCCUAUAAUUCAGCCAUUAACUAUCUGUGCAACCCAGGCUUCCAACUGACUGGAAACAACUCCAUAAUGUGUCUAGAUUCCGGGAACUGGAGUGAGUUAAAGGCCACCUGCACUAUUAAAGAUUGUGGAACACCUCCUGGUUUGCUGAACGGCUAUUUCACAAAAGCAAAGACAACUUUCGAUUCAUCAGUUGAAUACACGUGCAUAACCGGGUAUGACCUUAAUGGAAACAACACCAUUGUAUGCCUUGAAUAUGGGAACUGGAGUGAACUCAGGACACGGUGCGAGAUAAAAAAUUGUUAUAAUACUCCAAUUGUUGCAAACGGAAAGUGCAUCUCCAAUACCACCAUAUAUAAGUCGCCUGCCGCCUGUUCGUGUGACGCAGGAUACACAUUGCAUGGGGACAACUAUACAGAGUGUCUAGCCAAUGGAUCGUGGAGUGAUGUCAAUAUCACAUGUACUGCCAGGGACUGUGGACCACCGCCUGAGUUGCUGAACGGCUCUCACACUCAAGGGAAAACAACUUUCAAUUCAUCGAUUGAAUACUCGUGCAACCAUGGAUAUGACUUGACUGGAAACAACACCAUUGUGUGUUUGGAAAAUGGACUUUGGAAUAAGCUGGGGGCUACAUGCAUCAUUAAAGAUUGCAACUUAACUAAACCUAUAUUGCACGGAUCGUGUUUCGCCAAUACCACAACAUACCUGUCUAAGGCUGAGUGUUCGUGUGAUACAGGAUACACAUUGCACGGAAAAAACUUUACUGAGUGUCUUUCCGAUGGAUCAUGGAGUGACGCCAAUAUCACUUGUAUCAUCAAAGAUUGUGGAGCACCUCCUGGACUGAUGAACGCAUUUUUCACUCAAGGAGGGACGACUUACCAUUCAUCAAUUGAAUACACGUGCAUAACUGGGUACGAUCUAAUUGGAAAUAACACCAUUGUGUGCCUUGAAACCGGGCACUGGAGUGAACUCGAGACCAAAUGCGAGAUAAAACACUGUAGUUCACCGCCGGAGUUGCUGAACGGCUCUUAUACUCAAGGGAAAACAACUUUCAAUUCAUCGAUUGAAUACUCGUGCAAUAACGGAUAUGACUUUACUGGAAACAAUAUAAUUGUGUGUAUGGAAAAUGGUCUUUGGAGUAAACUAGAGGCUACAUGCAUCAUUAAAGAUUGCAACUUAACUAAACCUAUAUCGCACGGAUCGUGUUUCGCCAAUACCACAACAUACCAGUCUAAGGCUGAGUGUUUGUGUGAUGCAGGAUACACAUUGCAUGGAGAAAACUUUACUGAAUGUCUUUCCGAUGGAUCAUGGAGUGACGCCAAUAUCACUUGUAUCAUCAAAGACUGUAUACCACCGCCUUCGUUGCUGAACGGCUCUCGCACGCAAGGGAAAACAACUUUCAAUUCAUCGAUUGAAUACUCGUGCAACAAUGGAUAUGACAUAACUGGAAACAACAUCAUUGUGUGUUUAGAAAAUGGAAUUUGGAGUAAACUAGAGGCUACAUGCAUCAUUAAAGAUUGCGGAAACUAUACCCAUACGCUGAAUGGCAUGGUUGAGUUUCCGAACGAUACAACUUACCUGUCCGUUGCCAAUGUCCACUGCAUUGAAGGAUAUAGACUGAAGAAGGAACACAAUAACAGCGUUACAUCAGAGUACAUUAACUGCACUGAAGAAGGUCUCUGGCAGGUCUCAAAAGGCUGCGAACUAAAAGACUGUGGUCCACCACCAAGUGGCAAACUAUCAACAGUGAACGCACCAGUGAAGACUUUCAACUCAUCAGCUGUGUACACGUGUAAUCAUGGGUACAGCACAUACAAUGACUCAACAAUCGUUUGUAAUGCAAGCGGGCUAUGGAGUGAUGAAGCACCAAUAUGUUAUGAUAUCAACGAGUGUCUUGACAGAAAGACAUGUCACUACAACGCUAACUGUACCAACACUGACGGGAGCUUUAAGUGCGAAUGUCAGACCGGAUACAGAGACCUGGAUGGGGUCGGUGGACAACACUGUGAUGAUAUAGACGAGUGUUCUUCUGGUGGCGAUUUCUUUUGCGCAACAUCCUUCAACCAGACACGUGUUUGUGUGAAUAUUGACGGAGGAUACGUGUGUGUUUGCAACAAGGGAUUUACUGGACCCAAAUGUGAACGCGAUAUUGAUGAAUGCAUUCAUAAUACAACGUGCGGAGGAAAUGCGGAUUGUUCCAACGCGUUUGGUAGAUUCACCUGUGCAUGCCGUGAAGGCUAUCCACAGGGAAACCCCUAUCUGGGCUGCUUCGAACCGGUUUUACUGGAGUUCAGUGGAGCGGGAGACAGAUACUGGGAUAUAGACAACGAAAUAAUCAAGGAGUAUCAAAUCUCAAGACGGCUGCCGUACUUCGGGGAGUAUGUGCACUGGUUAAGGCCAAGCAUGGACGGAUUCAUAUCGCUAGAUUUCCAACCAUUGUACAAUCAAUAUGGAGGUGAAAAUGCAAGCGAGUGGAGGACAGCUGUUCAGAACCACUUGGUGAUUGCACCGUUAUGGACAAACAUUGACAGCAGAAAUAUUACAGACGGAGGACUUUGGAUUCACCUUUUUACCGACCGCCAAAAGAACAAUGUAGACAUUGAGAAAAUCCAACAACUCGUUCGUCAAUACACCAACCAGACUGAGUUCAUUGUUAGUGUGGCCCUGGUCGCCACGUGGAAACACGUGACUGUCCACUCGCCCUAUGAACCCGGAUAUGAACUCGUCAAGCAUCAGAACCUGUCGAUGCAGUGUAUUCUGGCAUCAGACGGAAUGUACACGUACAUCAUAUUCAACUACGACCGGGAACAGUUUAGUAUCAAACCGUUAUCAGAAGUACCCGUUGCCAGUGGUUUCACAAAUCUAAAUUACACGGGAGUCAUUUUGUCCAACAGAAAAAACUUCACGCGACUUAAUCAAGAAUCCAAUGUUAAGCCAGAUUUUGCUGGAAGGUGGCUCUAUAAUGUUACAGUCAUCACUGAAUCCAUGAAAAAUGAAAUCCUUUGCCAAAGAUUCUUCGACAGUAAUAAAGAUGGUCUGAAAACACUGAUCAAGAAGGAGCUGGAGUUUGCCCUGCCAUGUCCGUGUCAGGAAGUCCUUAUGAUCGAAGACUACACUUUCAACCGCAAUGACUCCCUACGCCCCGGGUUUGGAGACCAUAUGACAUGUUACGAGUCCUGGUUCUUCAGCGCCUAUGGCAUCAAACAAAGAUGCUGCUACAUGUUCAGCAAACUGCAGACGCAGUACCCGGGUGCAGUAGCAGCGGAGUUUGAAAACAAAACACUUGCCGAAUUACUCGAGAAGGGUUACAAUCAGUGCUGCUCUUCGGGUGUCAGCCAGAAGUUCUGUCAUCUGUACCAGGAGAUCAACCCGCCUGAUGACUGCUCAAAAUACACAAUAAGCGACGAGAUACCGCUAAGGGCAGACAUCAUGCAAGAUGACCUUGGUGUUGAGAAGCAACACGAGGACACCCGCGGCGAGGGGAUGAUGGGCCACUUCGUCAGAAGUGUGCGAAAAAUGUUUGGAUUGUAAGCUUGACCACAUAAACAUGACAAUCAUUAACAGUGUAACCGAAGUGUGCAAAAAAAGUGGUAGAUAUUCUUAAAUGUGCAUAUAUGAUGUAAGGUGUAGAGUCUUCCAAUUAUAAGUCUUGUAAUUCGCACCUUAGUUCGAUCUAAGAAAUGUAUUUUUAGUCAAACGCUUUUGUUUUUAAAUGCUUUUAAAAUAUGCUUCAUUUGUUAAGUAUAAUUUUCAGAGGUUUCAUUGGAGUACUGUUAUUUCUAGAUACACAGUGAAUGUAUGUUUAUUACAUGUUUUGUCAGCUGGAACAAUGUGACAAUUAUUUGUACACCUUUAGGUUAAUGUACCGCAGAAUGUCAACAUGAAUGGAAAAAUGACUGGUGUAAUCUGUGUUUCUAUUUGUUUGCUGUUCAGUAUGUUACUUCUUACAGCAUGGAAGUCAGUGCAAUUAGUAGUACAUUAGUCAUACUUUGGAUUCGUCUGAAGGUGGUCUGCUUAAGUUAAUAAAAAUAACUUAGUUAAAGAUUUGUUAGGAAUAAUAUUUCAUCACAGAAUGUUUUCAAAUAACUUACAAUCAGGAGUA